UUGGGAUGCUUACAUAUAGUUCUGCCUUUGGGUCACCCAUCUUUCAGCGUCACCCAUUUUGUGUAGCUAAAAACACCAGAAAACCCCAUAUUAGUUCCCACGUAGCUUUCACAACCCAUGGUGGAGCCCUCAACCUUCUCCUGUUUAACCCUGCCUCCUCCUGAGACCCCCUCUGUUUUCUAAUUUUCUCUGGAUGCAUGAUUUUAUUGCACAUAUAUGUAAUUAAUAAUUUAGGCAAGAAAGGGAGAGGGCUUUAUAUAAAGGUGGGUGGGGAGUGGGGCUUUUGGGUCAUUACUCAUUACAAGCUUGGUAGUGUUGUUGUUUGUGCUAUUGGUAUGGGGAGGCAACCCUGCUGUGAUAAACUUGGGGUGAAGAAAGGUCCAUGGACUGCAGAGGAAGACAAGAAGCUCAUCAACUUCAUUCUCACCAAUGGCCAGUGUUGUUGGCGUGCUGUGCCAAAGCUUGCUGGCCUUAGGCGUUGUGGCAAGAGUUGUCGCCUUCGUUGGACUAAUUAUCUUCGCCCAGACUUGAAGAGAGGACUCCUCACACAAGCAGAGGAGCAACUUGUUAUUGAUCUCCAUGCCCGUCUUGGCAACAGGUGGUCCAAAAUUGCUGCCAGGUUACCCGGAAGAACAGACAACGAGAUUAAAAAUCAUUGGAACACACAUAUCAAGAAAAAACUCCUGAAAAUGGGUAUUGAUCCCGUCACUCAUGAACCUCUGAAUAAACAAGCAACAUCUCAGGAUAGUUCACCCUCCCCUUCAGAGCAUUUGCCACAACCUGAGAAUAACCUCGAUCAGGUGAAGGAAACUGAUGUGGUUCUCAACUCAGAGGAGAAUUCAAGUUCAUCCCAAGCUGAAAAUUCUUCUGGGGAUGACUCACUUUUGCUAGAUAGCAUUUGCAGUGACGAUUCUCUUUUAAACACCCUGUGGCUGGAUGAAACUCCUCUGAUGGAAGCAUUAUGGGACACAACACCCAAACUAGAGAAUAAUACUAAUAGUAACAUGGGUUUGGUACCAUCUUGGGAGGACAAUUGUGCUUGGUUAUUGGACUGUCAGGACUUCGGUAUUCACGAUUUUGGGUUUAACUGUUUCAACGAGAUAGAGUCAAACGCACUGCAUACCAUAGAAAUGAAGGACGAGGAGCAUUAACUACACGCAUGCAGCAGUAGAUCUGGUGAAGGGAUUAAUCCUCUACGAAACAAAACAAUCAGGGUAAAAUAUCAAAUCUAUUAAUGUGACAAAAUACCACGGGCUCAAAUUUAUGUUCUUGGUGUUCAAUUUUAUCUACCUAGUAUUUUGCUGAAUUUUCUCAGAAGGUGGAAGGUGAACGUUUCCUCUUGUGAGGUUCCUCGCCAACCAAAUCACAAAAUUGAUGGCAAACCAAAACCAAAUCAUCGAAAUGCCACAGUACAUAUAUACGUACAUGAGCAUUUUCAACUCAGUUAUUUAGAAAAAGAAUCAUCAAUAAAAACAUUAUUUUAAUAUAGAUUUUACAAACAUGAUUUCUUUAAAAUUGAAAAAAGUUUAUUGGUAACUUUUUUCGGUUUUGAGAAAGCCGUACUCAUGAAAUUUGAUUAAAAUAUUGUUUUUAUUGUGUAAGAAGUUUUCAUUUGAGAUAAUGGAAGUGAUGUAUUUAUGUGUAUGAUAGGGACAACUCAAAGGGUAAAUGUCUAGUGAGUUGGGAAACAUAUUGUACAAAGAAGUCUACUUUGAAAAUAAUGAUAAACUUUUUGUGAUUACAA